UUCUUUUUUUUUUUUCUUCUUUUCUAUUUUCUUUUCUUUUUUUUUUUUUGUUCACAUUGAAAUCUUCGUAAACGGGAUACGUUCAAAGUGAUCUGGAGACGUAAAAUUUGGACUUAUAUCAAUUAAUAUUAAAUUAAAUUUUAAAUCAACAUGGAACAAGGUGGAAUCUCGAUAAUAUCACCUCCAGGUAUUACGGAAAAUUCCGUUGGAAAAUCAACGAAAAAUAUUGGACUGGCAUUGAGAUCAAACGCUGGUAUCAGAAAUGCUAAGGAAAAGCUCAAAGCACCAUGGUUAAAGGACUUAUUAAAGGAAGAAAAAUCGAUACACGAUACGAUUUUGGCACUUUUAGGAGAGAUCAUUGGAACUGCAAUUUUAGUAUUUAUCGGAUGCAUGGGUUGCGUAGCAAGCAUGGGUAAUACUCCACCAAUCUAUCAGAUUUCUAUGAGUUUUGGGCUAGCAGUCAUGAUUGCGAUACAGUGCGUAGGUCAUAUCAGUGGAGCACACAUAAAUCCAUCAAUCACAGUGGCUAGUUUAAUCCUCGGACUUAAGUCUCUACCAAUGACCGGUCUUUACAUUUUUGCACAAUGUUUGGGUGGUAUCUUCGGUUAUGGUUUGUUAAAGGCAGUAACUCCAAGUGGUAUGUUACAUGCUGGAAAUCCAGAUGAUACUAUUUCCUUCUGCAAAACUGACAUUUAUCAGAAUAUGAAUAUUUGCCAAGGAUUGUUAGCCGAGAUUAUUGCUACCAGUAUAUUGGUAUUCUUUGCAUGCGGCGUUUGGGAUCCACGAAAUGAAAAGAAUUCGGAUUCGGUAUCACUGAGAUUUGGAUUUUGUGUUUCCGUUCUUUGCUUCGUCUUCAUUCCUUACACCGGGUGCAGCUUGAAUCCAGCCAGGUCAAUCGCACCAGCUAUUUGGAAUGGAUAUUGGAAAAAUCAUUGGGUCUUUUGGAUUGGUCCGAUUGCUGGUGCUGUUCUAGCAUCUACGGUUUAUCGUUAUUUAUUCUUGCCAAAAACUAAAGAAAAUGUUGAAAAUCAUCAGGAUACUUUGACCGGAGUAGAAACGUAAAGCGAACGAAACUAUAACAAUUCGAAAUAAAAAAACAAAAAGUAGAGUGAAAGAGAAAUCCUGGUUGCAGUGGCGUUUAGUCGAGCCGAAAUAAUUGGCGCCUAAGAAGAAAAGGAUAAUAAAAAAAAAAAACAA